UCAAGCACGUCUUCACUUACAGAGGCAUCAGAGGUUUUUUCUUCACUGUCGGACACAGAAAGCGAAACGCAGGAGCCACCAUCCCCUCCAGAGACUCCAGGUCAUCCUCGAAAGCGUCGAUUGUCACAAUCUGAAUCAUCAGGAGAAACCGAAGAUGACACAGAUAUAACAACAGAACCUCAGUCUCCUCCGGAUACUCCAAUACCUCAAAAUCCGUGUAAAAUUUGCGGCGGUUUUGAACCUAUGGACACACAAUACCCAUUGGUGAUUGUUAUGGAAUAUCUAGCAGAAAGCCGAUGGGAAGAAGUUGGCGUUGCGAUCCAUGUCUCAAUGGACGU